GUAAGUCGCACAUAACGACGAACAAGCAUCCUACUCGAUGCAUUCGUUGCCGUAUCACCUUCUUCACACCUAUAACCGCAUCACUUAACACUAAAAAUGCGGAAACUCGGAACUCAAGCCAUCGGACUGACACUAGAAACAGCCAACAAAUUAUAUAAAGAAGCUCGUCUAUUACGUUGUACUGCUACUGAAGUAAAACACUGAAGUCUUAUACAGUUUACAUUUAAAUACUGUUCAAAUUAUUUGAAAUACUUUCCACUUUUUUCAAGAUAUAACGACAAUCUCUGAUCAAAACAUCUCGCGUUUUAUGUGUUAGCUCCCUUGACAGUCUUGGUGGUUAACGUCUCCUGGGUCGCCAAGACCGCGAUCUGCGAACGCAGAAACCUACCUGCACGUCUUUCGAGUACCGCCAUCCCUAUGAACCAUGGACACAGAGUCACAGCUCGCCUCAUUGACCUCAUUCGCGGAGUCUAGUGAUGCUUGUCAUGGCACUCUGUGUGAAAGAGAAAAAGAAUGGAGUGUUCAAAACGGCAGUGCUGAGGUAUUCUCGCUUCCUUCUGGAGAAAUCAGUGACAUUAUUUUGGACACUGGAGACAAGCACUUUCACUGCCACAAGCAUAUUUUAUGUAAAGGCAGUCUUUAUUUUAAUGGAAUGUUUAUGUCAGGCAUGUUGGAGAGUCAGUCAAGCUGUGUAGAACUUCAUGAUACAAAGACAGAAGCAUUCAGAGACUUGCUACACUACUUUUACACAGGUCAACUGGAACUCUCACAGAGCAAUGUCUUUGACCUCGUUGAAAUGAGUAGUUUAUACCAAGCAACAAAUGUUCUACAGAAGUGCUCCGAUUUUCUUCUGGGAUGUGUUGAUGACGAUUCAUGUUUAAGUCUCAUGCAUCUUGCAAACACUUUCAUGCUCAAUGAGCUUUAUGACAAGUCACGCAGACACUCUCUCUGGCAUUUCGAGAGUGUUUCACAGACAGAAGAUUUUUAUGCUGCAUCUGCUUCACAGAUAAUUGACUACCUGCAGGACCCUUACCUUAACUGUGAAAAUGAAGUGGAUGUUUUCAAAGCUUUUUGUGCAUGGUACCAGCACAAUGCUAAACCAUGUGAAGUGACAGAUCUUGCAAAUUUUUUUGCAAAGGCUGUAAAUUUUCAUUUGCUGACUAAGGAAGCAUUAGGUUGUCUGAAGGAGUUUUCUGCUGUGCAGAUGAAUGAAGAACUCAUGAAUUUUGUCAUCAGCCUCUCUCAGGAUCACAUCCUCUCUUCUUUAAAAAGCAAGACAUCAAGCAGGCAACGUACAAGUCCAAGAGAUGGCCGCAUACUGUGCUUUGGAGCUCAUGAGUGCGAUUUGAAGAAAUGCGGCGAUGACUGCAGCAUCAUGCGUUGGCAGACAGCCCCUCUAGACGUUUUAGAAUUCAAAGCAGAUACUUGCAAGGUGAAGGUCUUCAACACCAUGGCCAACAUUCUUCCUAAUCUAACAGUGGAUUCAGGCUACACAGUAUGUGCAGUAGGAGACAAGGUGUUUGUUUGUGGAGGGGAGUGUUCAUUUGGUCGUGACGUCUGGCUGAUGACAGUUUGGUGCCUAGACACAAGACAUGGAUCAUGGCAUGAAGCAGGAAUUCUAUCUCAGCCUAGGCGACAUCAUGGCAUAUGUAGCUAUGGCACCUCAUUCUUUCUAAUGGGGGGAAUUGGACGCUAUCGUAUCAGGCUGCGGACUAUGGAAAGUUUCAACACUGAGACAGGGGAGUGGACGUCUUAUCCGGACAUGCUACAGGCUGAGACAUCGCCUGCUUCAGUUGAGUGCAGAGGACGCAUUUAUGUCUUUAAGAACUAUGUGCAGGUGUUUGACCUUGCUUUGCACACAUGGUCUUACCUAGAGCUGUCUCCUGGCAUUCCCGGCCAUCCUCUGUGUACUCAUCCAGACCCAGAGGGCAGGAGUAUUUAUGUUUCCUGCUUGGGUGCCAAGUCAUUGUGGCAGCUUGAUCUGCAAGACCUAAAGAUCCACCAUGUCUGUGACUUUUUAAAUGAAGGAAGCGGUGGGAUCUAUCGCCAGGGCUGCAUGCUUCACUUCAGCAUGCCUGAUAACAGAGACAAUGCUGAGGUGACAAUAGAGUGUCACAACUUUAAGGAGUCUAGGAGCCACAUCAUUGGAACUCUUCACAAUGCUCUGUUGAUGCGACAUUUUGUCACCGUCCCUUGUUUUCCACAAUUCACACCUUCCAGUAAUCAUAAGGCAUUAUAGACUCAGCACAGACUUUUGCCUUCUGCAUAUUUAUUAUUGGCGCUGACCUUUUAGACAACAAAGUAAGGAACAUGUAAAUUAUUAUAGGCUCCAUGUGCGUAAGCAAUUUAUCAAACUAAUGAAGUAGUUUUUAUGUGACUGUAUACAGCUGAGCCUGUGUGGCUGCUUUUAAAACUUAUUUUUAAAUCAAAUUAUGAGAUUAACUUUAAUCUGUAAUCCUUUUAGGGCAAUUUUAAAAAUUUCUAAUGCCUAUUUUUUAAAUUCAGAACUGAUGUGAAAGGAUCUUUUUUCUGAAGGAAAAAUCAGUUUUAAGAGCAGUUUUAUCUUUAUUAUUUUAAAUCAAUAGUAACAGUAGUAUUUUAGCUAAUAAUGUUUUGAAACAUUACUCUAAAUGGUGAAAGAAAUGUUUUGAAGGAGUUGCUGUUUUUAACUCCUUUUGCUGAAAAUAAUUAAAAGAAAUACAGUAGUAAAACAAUACUAGAAAGUUGAGAAAAAAUGAUUGUUUACAUCCUUUACUGUAUUCUCAGGAAGAAACAUUUUACUGAGGAAGGAUAAAUUAAUUAUUUAUUGUGAGAAAUAUUGUCUUGACACACAUGCCCGCUUGUAUUGAUGCACACACACAUACACACACUGUUGACAGCAUAUUUAAAGCUGUCACUCAAUCUGGUAGACUCAUGAAAUGUGAGACUUGUGCUGUGACAUGUAACUUUAUUUAGAAACUGUCAUGAUACUUCAAGAAAUACUUUUAAUCUUGUUACCAGCACUGCAUUUUCAUGGUCACUUUGCUUUUUUGUAGCUUUGUAACUGUGAUCAAUUUACCAAAAGGGCAUGAUUUUUAUGAAAUUUAUAAAAAUUGGUUUUUUCAUUUGUCAUUGAAAAAAAUUGAACAACACUUGUAAAAGAGAUUUAUUAUAACAAUGUUCUGGACUAAUGUCAUGUAACAUCUUGCUGACAUUUGUACCAAUACUGUGUUAACUGUACAACACAGAAAUUUCAAGUGUUAAGUUGCAAAGAAAUGGUACAAAGUUUCAGGACAGUGUGCACAUUUAAUACAUUCUGAAUCCAUUGUGUGAGCAAGAAUUUAUCACUACUUUGCACAAGAAAUUAGUGUAUAUUUGCAAAUCACAACACAGCUCAAUACAUGCUGGUUACGAACAGUUGGUCUGACAACAUUCUCAGUCCAUGGACACAAAAGGUUACCCUGAGUAGAAACAGUUGUUGCAAGAAUGUGGGUGCAUGGGUUUGUAUACAGCACAAACAGUGAUGGAAGUGAUAAAUAUGUUUCAGAAAUGUUUCAUUAUGAUAAUGAUUCCACACUGGUGUAUGGCAAAUUCUUCCAUGUCUAGUACAUGAUAAGCUAUUUUUAUAAAAUGGACUACUUUGUAACCCUGAAGAUAAAGAUUUAUUUGAGCAUUUA